CUGUGAAACGUCAAAAAGAAACGAUGUGUUUUGUUUGGUGUUUGGUUGGUUCAGUUAGGAAGUUUUAGAGUGUUUAAUUUAUAAAUGCAAAUUUAUAAACAAAUUAAAAUGAGCCUGUUAUCAUUUAGAUAAAACCUUGAUAAUUUCCUGUAAGAUGAAUAAAUUACAUACCAAUCCUCCCAACAUGCCAGCCUUAACGAAGGAUAAGGCUAAAGACUGGCAGCUAGAAAUCCUCAUGGAAAAACUACGGUCUAAAGCCUCACAGUUUAAAACUUUGCCAGAGAUUUCAAAGAAUGUUCGAAUGACCCUUUUGGAAAAGAGAUAUUCCUUAGACAGUGUGGAGAAAAGUCAGCAUCAAAAAUGUUUGGAUACUUUACAACAUGUGAUUAAAGUUACUGGGCGAGAGAGUUUGAUCGAAAGAUUGGAAAGCUUUACGAGACAACUAGGGCUUAGAUUUGUAGUGGAAGCUUCAGGGGUCUUCAUAUUCUCCGAUAUGUUCUACCUAGAAAUAAUUCUAGAAGCAUCAGGAGCUGUGAAAGAUGUUAAGAUCCAUCAUGAAGGAAAAACAGAUCAGCAAAGUUGUACAGAACUGGUAAACUGUCUGUCAAGAGGUGACUUCACAGACUUUACAACCCAACUGGAAGGGUUUGUCUCCAUCUAUCAACUUAACGCCGAAAAGAAAGUCAAGUGCAAAGCCUUCACAGCUCUGGAGUCACUUGAGGCUGACCUUUGCACAUUGGCUCAACUUCAAAAUUUUAUGAAGGAACCAUUUAAUGUGAUUUAUAAGUCUCCAGUUGGUAUUUUGGAGAAAAGACGAGGAGGACAUCCAAUGAAACUGACAUACUUUGUGUCCCCUUAUGAUUUACUUAAUGUCGAUAAGCAUGAAAUUGAUGCUUUAAGUAUUGACAGUAUUGUGAGUAAAGGUUUGGGCUAUUGGGUGACUGUUUGUAUGGAAGGUUCUGCUGCUCACAAGUUACAAACUUCUACUUUAAUUACUGUCAAUAGAAGUAUGAAUGGUAGAAGUUCUCCCACAUAUACUCCAAUAACAGCACAAAACAGUGCAGUAGUUCCAGCAUGUUUCACUUUAAAACUCAAUAAGCCGAUGCCAAUGUGUCUGUCGUUAGUAAGAAAAAUUCAGCAGAUUCAACAAUGGCCUGAAAUAGACAAUAACAAUGUGCCACAGCCUUUGCUUAACUCUAUUGUUAAUCACAGUAGUGACGGUAAAAUGAGCUGCAGCAAUAAUAAAGGGUUAUUUGUGACUUUACCGGAUCAGACUCACUGCUAUUGUAUGACGGAAAAUCGGAACAUGAACAGCAUAUUUGUGUCAAGCAUUCCUUUCACUCAUCCAGCUCACGUACCAAGCAUAUUAAUAAUUCUUAGAGAACAAGCGUUAUUUAAUACCAUUAUUGGAAGUUGUGUGAGGCCAAAUAGCAGACAAACUUUUGAAAACAUGACGAUGUUCGAGGUGAGCGCCUUAUCCUCGACUCAGAUCUCCAUAUCACUGGAGCAUCCAUUGGAAGAAUGCAUGGCGACCGCCGACUUUGAUCUGUCAGAUCUGUCAAACUUAAUAUGUAGGAUUCAGAAUCCGGGCACGCCCUCGUCUGGUGUUUCCGAUAUAGCUUCGGAGGUGGCCACGAAGGUGCUUAAUAAAACUUUUUCGAUACCUAUUACUCUCCGUGCCGUAAUAAAACUGUGGGAACGUCAAGCGAGUCAGCCCAGCCUUUACCCCGGCCAGGAAAAUUUUAGUUUGCCCCUCGGUUCCGUCGACCCCGGCGGCCACAGCAAGGGCCCCGGCGCAGGCCCGGGCUUAGCGGAAUUCGGGGGGCUUCAUCAGGAUAAAAUCAAGCAGGAACCGGGAACCGGGCCCGCCGGACCCCAGCAGGGACAGGCGCAUCAUCAGACCAUGAUUCAAGAACAACAAGGCAUGUGGAAUGACUCAAUGAUGACGUCAAAUUUUCAAAAUAUCCCACCUUCCGAUAGGGUGCUUACCAACAUCGAACUAACAAACAUUCUGUCAGAUUCGACGGACAAACAUUUGUCCGGGAAAAGGCAGAAACGCAAAGCCACAGACGAUUUAUGGAAAAGUGGCAAACGGAAGGUGGGAGCAAAUGCAGAAGACUCGGAACUAAUGGAUGCGUCGAGUUGUGACUCGACCUCUAGAAGCACCCCAAUAUCGCAAGAGACUGAAAUUGCUACUCCUAACUCAGGGUCUCAGUCCGAUUUAGAACUAUCCAACGUUGACUCUUCAGAUUAUUUGGCAAACAUAGGCAAAACUCCUGAGGAAUUCCCUUUGGAUCAGCCAGAAACCGUUGAUAUGGAAGAGAUUCUCUCUACGGUACAACGAGAACCUUUAAGAAAAUCGAUACCAGAACCCUCGCCCAGUAGUUGUUCCAGUAUAAUAUCAGAUUUAAGUGAAAAAAAUAUGGUUAACUUUAACGUUUCAGUUCCACCGAAUGUUAGCAUAACUCCAAUCACAACACCUCCUCUUCCUUCAUAUUCUCCCGCUGAAAAGCGCACGGGCAUCGAAAUUAUUCCAUUAACGCAACCGGCUCCAACAAUGAUGUCCACUUCAAUCACUAUCACACCGAUAACUCCAAGUCCCAAACCGCCCGAAGAUAAAAGGGAUCGAAAAAGUAGCAGGAGUAGCAAAGAAGACAAGGAAAAAAAGAGAAAACGGAAAAGAGACGAGAGUCCGAUGGGUCCGCCGGAUAAAGUGCCUAUGAAGCAAGACCCUUUAUCGAAACCGGUGUCUGUUAGUAUAAAACCGACCGAGAGCCCUCCCUUAUCUUCCACUCCGACUUCGCCAAAUAUGAUGAGGAAGUUUAGUCCUUCGCCGACGUCGAAUCGGCCUUCGAUGUCGCUUUCUGGCAAGUUGAGUCCCAGUUUGGUGAAACCGAAAAGUUCGUCGAGUUCCUCGCAUCAUAGCAGUCCCAGUCCAAAAAACUCGCCUGCCCACGUGCCUUCCAGUCCUAAACAUAGUAUCAGCAGUCCAAAGCAUCACGGAUCGAGUCCGAAACACCCCAGCGCCAGCGGUAGUGGCAAACCAAGUAUUUCGGCUCUAAAAAACGCGGCAAGUUCUCCGUCGAGUAAGAGCAGCUCGGGGGAGAAGAGCAAAAACCGAGAUAGUUCAAGAGAAAAGGAUAAGAAUCGCGGCAUUAUUAGCAAUACGAAAAGCAAAUCCAGUUCUUCGCUCAAAGUUAAACCGUUAGAUUUAAACAUCGGCAGCACGGAGGGUUUUACGCAGGAAUCCCUGCCGUCGCCCAGUGGCGAGUCUAAGAGUAACGCAAACUUGUUGAGGAAUCGCAAGGGGUCACUGUCGGCAAUAGUGGACAAGUUGAAUAUUAAAGUGAACGCUCAACAAACUGACGUUCCCACUGACUUAAGUUCAAAGUCGAGUAGCAAAUCUAUGAGUAAAGAUGGUAAAAGUGGGACAAAGGCAGUGGGCGACAUUAAAAACUCGGAAUAUAUGGUUAAGACCAGCUCGGACGGCUUAAAACUCACCAUCAACAAACCUCGCACGAAAGAAAGCAAAUCAUCGAGUAGCACCGGCAGUUCGAAUGUUCAAAGUUUAUCUAAAACGCCAUCCACGAGCCUAACGGGCUCUCCAAAGGUCCACACGGGAUUAAAACCUGGAGUGAACAGUGGUCCGGCUUCGAAAAAACCUCAACAGCAAAUACAAAAAAGCAGCAGUUCCUCUAGUAUACCCAACUCCUCCUCAACUACUUACAAUGCUUCCGGAAGUCUUAAACCCACUAGCAAACAACCAAGCAGUUCAAGUAGUUCUAAGAUGCUAAGUAGUCUUCCCAAAUCGAUUUCGAAACCUACCACGUCGCCUAAAACUAGUUCAAGCAGCAGUGCGACCGACUUAAGUAGCAAAAGCAAAGACCGUUUGAAGCCGAGCAAGAGCUCAUCUGAUAAGUCAAUAUUUUCGUCACUUAAAGACCGGGGGAAAGGUAGUCCGACUCAAAACGACUCUGAUAGUGUAUACAAACUGCAAUCGAAAGUCGAUCCGUACACUUCCGCUCUGAUGAUGGAAGGAAUGAUGAAAACUUUGGAUAAGAACUUCCAAAUUCCGAAGUUGUCGGACAAGAAAAAAAAUGAGACGAAUAAUGUAAAUAGGAGUACAGUUGACACGAAGAUUUUUGAUAUGAUGGUUAAGAAUGAUAUUAAGUACCCGUUAAGUAUACCGGCGAUGAAUCCUCUCGACCAAAAAAUUCGGAACAACAUGAGCAUGUUGUCUGGAAAGGACGAUUUGGAUGACAAGAAGAAAGAUGGACCGCAAAACUUAUCUGGGAGCGAUGAUCUAUUUCUAUCUUCGGACCCUCUAAACCCCUACUCGUCGAAUAACGACACGCUACACGGCCUAACUCUAACCUCGAAAUACGCUCCCACCACCACGAUUGACACGGAGGCAUUAGAUUUUAGUAAAACACCCACUUUUCCCCAUUCUCCCUCGGUCAGCGUUCACAUAGUCAAUUCUAGGGCAUCGAGUAGAAGUUCCAGCUGUAUAGGGGAUGAAGAUCUGUUGGACGAGGGAUUAGUCACGUUGGGAAAGUAACAGUGUUUUUAAGGUGCUAAGAAGAUCUGAUGUACGUGUUAUAGAAAUUGAGAGAUGAUUUAGAAAGGGAGAAGAAAUAUCUAGAUUAUGGAGAGUGAUUUAAACAUAUUCGGCUUUAAAGGUUGAUAGAACUUUAAAUGGAUUCUGUUGGAACAAUUAAUUUAGAAAAAAUGUUAAUCGUUUUAAUUUUAUCGUUAUUUAAGGUUCAAGAUUGUUUAAGAAUUUUUUUCUGAAGUUGUAAAUAUAAAUUCUUGAUCUAUUUGGUAGUCCUCAGCCCUUGCGGUUAACUAAUUUUUUAUUUAAAUUUUAAAAGAAUGGACAUAGAAUUGUUAUUUUAGAAUCAUUUAUUGUUCACUCAAUUUUUAAAAGUAAUAUACUCAAAGUGUUGAAAGGAAUAAGUUAAUCGAAAUAUAAAUAAUUACAUAUGAUCUUCAGAGGAAUAUAAGCUAUUAAGACCAAUAUAAUUUUUUUCUAUUGAAAUUCACCAUGCAUUGAAUUUCUUAACUAAUUAUUGUUUUGCUCAUAAGUUUGUAAUAAACAGUAGGAGAAUGUGUAAAUAAGUAGGACAAAAUUCUGAAUUAACUGCCAUUUUUUGCCACUAUGUCGUGGUUUGUAUACACUGAUUUUAUAGAAAUCCUAAGGUAGUGGUACCUUACCUGAAAGGAAGCAACGCUAGAUUUUGCAGAUAUAGUUUUUUUAAUAUACUGGACAUUACACAGUACAAAAUAUCCCAAAAAAAGUUUAUUUUUGUGUUUACAUUGAUGUUUCGACAAUUUAUUUUGUAAUCGGCAGGAUGCUACAAGUAAGUCUAUCUCUCAGAAUUAGCCAGUCCACAAAUACACUGCUUAACAAUCGAAGUGGAUAUUAUAAAAAUCUGCAAUUUUAGUUUGCCAAUGAUUUACAAUAAAACAAAAUUAAAUGUAAUAAAUAAAUCUCUAUAAGUUCACUCACAAUAGCCCCAAAAAAAAUUAAAUAAACAGAUAUCUCCUAAAAAAUUUAAAUUUUUAGGAGUAAUUUUUUAAACACACAACAGGAAAAAUUAAAAUAAAAUUACACCCUGUAAAGCGUGCCCCAAAGUCCUAUCGUGAAAAUUAAUACCUCGUAGGUCCAUCCCUGGCUCGUCUUAGUGCUGUCAUCCUGUUUGGCAUAGUUCUUAUUAAGUUGUUAAUGUAGUGUUGAGGAAUGUUUGCCAUAUUUCCGGUAAUUGAUUGGCUAGUUGUUCUAAGGUUAGAGGUGGCUGUUCGAGCUGGUUUAAUCUUCGUGACAUUUCGGCCCAUACAUGUUCAAUGCAAUUCAUGUCGGGUGAAUGUGGUGGCCAGUCCAUUCUGGUAAUGCCAUGAAAUUCAAUGCGAUCAUUGACAUUGAUUAAAACGAAGUCUUCGCCUAUUGCACCAAAAAAUGGUACAAUUAUGUUCUCUAUAAUAAUGUCUCUAUAUAGUAUAGUGUUCAUUGUUUCAUUUCUUAACACCACUAAAUCGGUGCGGCCAUCGAAACAUAUGCCUCCCCAAACGCAAACUGAACCGCCACCAAAAAGGGUAGUGGGCGCUAUCAAAUUUUCAUGGUAUCGCUGUCCCCUUUCCCUCCACACCAAAAUUCGACCAUCACACAUAUGUAGCUGAAAUCUGGACUCAUCCGUAAACAUACAAGACCUCCAGUUUUGAAAAUUCCAGUUACUGUGUUCUAUUGCCCACCGAUUUCUGAAUGCACGAUGUUCCCCCGUCAACCGUGGAUGUGUGGCACGUCGUCUGGCUCUUAAAUUGGACGCAUGCAAUCUUCUUCUAGCAGUUUGAUUAGAAAUUACCCUCCCAGUAGCAUGCCUUAAGUAGUUGUUAAUUCUCGAAGCCGUAAAUGUUCGGUUUCUUCUUGCGGUUACUGUUAUAUAGCGGUCUUGAGCAUGAGUUGUAGCACGUUCUCGGCCUCCACCAUGCCUGUAAGCUGCAGACCCAGUCUCUACAUAUCGAUUUUAUGCACGACUCACGACACUUUGGGACACAUUCAGCCGGUUAGCAACUUCUUGAGUUAGGCCCUCCUGUAGCCAACGUACUAAUUGCUCGAGUUGCACUGUUUCUAACCGUCGUAGAACCAUUAUUUUUAAGAAAGUAAAGAGAUUUAUUGGUAACAAUGAGAAUAAUAAAGUCUCUACAAGCGCUUUUAUGUGACUAAAUUGUUAGGAUUUUGAAACCGAAUUCUUUAAAAGAGAUAAGAAUGUAUGGCAAAAAGGAAAAAAAUAUUUGCUAUCAACAGGAUUUACUCAUAGCAUAAAACGCAACUUGAUGAAUUUAAUUUUUUAGGCAAAUUUCGGUAAUUUAUAAAAUAUCCAGUUCGAUUGUUGAGCAGUUUAUUAAAAAUUCAGAAUGAAAAUUAAUAUAAUUUUUCUGAUGGGCAUAUAUAUUUUUCUUAUAUUUACAAAACUCUAGGCUAGUUAAUUAUGGUAAAACCUGGAAAUGAUUGGUAGGCAACCUUUAUUUAUUCCAGCAAAGCAAAUUCACAACUCCCUCGCCAAAAAUUAAAUACUUUUAGAUAUCAAGCAAGCAUACCAACAAUGUUAGGAAUAUCGCCAAAAUUAUUUGUUUUAAUAAUUAAACCUCAAGUUUGACCUCUACCUCUGCUAAUAUUUUUAAAUAAUAACCAAAUGUAGUUAAUUUCAGUUCUUAUUAUGCCAUGAGCGAAGUGUAAGGCUAAAUCAAUAUUUUCAGUUUGCAAUUCUUUUCAUUGUGCUACUCGACAUUUUCAUUUUCAAUCAUUAAUUUGUAUUUUUGGUUAUGGUUAUAAUUGUAAUUUUAAUAACGUUUUCAAUAAUGCUUUACACGUCUAACUUUCCUUAAAAAAAUAAAAUUAAUGAUGAUCAACGAAAGAUGAAACGUCCAUAAUACCACUUUAGACAAUAUUGAAAUACUUUUCCUAAUUGGCAUAAAUGGGUUUCUGAAAUUUGAUCAACACUGGGCUAAUUAAGUUAUCAUUCUCAGUCAAUUGUUACCUUACAAAAAAAAUACACUUUUGUAUAAAUUAUGCAUAGGUCUAACCCAACAUAGUGUGUAAAAAAUAUUUACUAACACAUGAACAUUGUAUUAUAUUAUGUAAUUUUUUUACAACAAUUUGUAUAUGCUAAGCAUAUUUUUUGUAGUACAAAUAUCAUGUGGGCAAAUGUGUCUUUUAUCUGAUUUUCUAUUAUAUAAGAUGUUAACAAAUUUAAACUGUAUAUAAAGAUUAAAAAUAUACGUAACAAAGUUUUAAUUUAA